CUGGAGCUGAGCCAUACAGUGAAAGGAGGAACUGACUUUACCCACUGAAGAAAAAUAUCCUCACAGAUUUCAAAUUCCAGCAUCCAAGACCAGCAAAAUGAAGAGCUUUUUCCUUCUCAUCCUCUCACUGAUGACAGGUUGGGAGGUGCGGUCAAAGGAAUGCAGAGACGGAUCAUCUAAAUUCAUAUGCGCAUAUCCUAAAACCAACGGAAAAUAUCAAAUGACUCCAAGAGAUCAUCACUGUGACAAACAGCCAGACAAAAUAAGAACUCUGAAGGUGAUCGUCAAGCAACAUGGGGACUUAUGGAAGCACCAAUGCAACUCACAGUCUAGUUCAUCACCUGAGACAGUGGAGCUGAAAUUUGAAGUUGACGACGAAUGCCCAAAAGGUGUAAAGUAUCAUCUCUUCAGCGGAGCUAAAACCACCAUCACAUGUGAUCACUCAGGAAGCAAAGACAAGUCAAUGUUUUUCUGCAAAGACAUCCGUUCCACCUGUGAAGAUAUUUUAUCAAGAAACUCUUCUCUGACGUCAAAUGGGAGAUUCACAAUCUCAGACACAGCUCGUGGCGUCAGUGUGUCCAUCAGGAAUGUGUCCUCACAGGAUAACGGUGUCUACUGGUAUGGAGUGAAGUCAGGUCAGAAAGAGAAAAUACAGACAGUGUCACUCACAAAAGUAAGACUGAUGUUUAAAAAUAUUACGUUCUUCACACGAUACCCAACUGCUGGACAGAACUUCACAUACUGGUGCAGUUACAAGGAGAUUCGUUUAGGCAGGCACUUGACAAAAUUUAUCUGUAAGGGAAAAAGUCCAUCUGAGUGUGAAGUUCUAGCAACAACCAAGGGGCCUCAUCUGAACACAAGGUUUUCCAUGUUCGAUGACAAAGCAAAGACAAAAAUCACCAUAAGCGUAACAGAAGUAACAACAAAUGACACUGGGACUUACUGGUGUGGAGUACAAAAAUUUGACCCACAAAGCAGAGAGGAGUUCCUCCACAAAUUCUUCAUGAAUGUAUCAUCAGCAACAUCCACAGCUCCUGUACCUGCAACUGUACCUCCUCAGAGUCAUGAUAGAUUUCAGUUUAUCUUUGCUGUGAUCUCCUGUGUAGCUGUGCUGCUGAUGCUGCUGAUGCUGUUUGUAGCACUUCUGAUCUUUAUCUACAAACGAUGGUCAGCUCCAAAACACAACACAAAUGCAGCAGCAGAAAUGUAUCCCAAAGAGAAUAAUAUCAUUGAAGAGAUUCAGGAGCGCCUCCAGAUUCCAGACUCAGAAAAUGAAAUGAAUACAAUUUACGUCACUGCCAACCUUCCUGCAAACCCGACUCCCUCACUGCACUACUCCACCAUCCACUUUCAAAGCAGCCCUGACAGAGCUGGAAGAGAGGCGCUGAUCCCCAAACCGAGCUCCUCUGCCUGCCAAUACUCCACUGUUAAGUGCAGCCGAAGUCCAACCGACUCGGCUGUGAGUCAACCAUCAGGACCUACAGGGGAACCGCUCUACUCAACAGUCAACAAACUGAGGAAACAGUGAGCAUAGACCAGCUCUGUAAGGAAUUUAUAACGUUUACAAUAUGUAUGGUGGGAAAUUCAGGUGUGGAAAAAAAGGCUAUAAAAAGAAGUUACAUUUUGGCAGCUGGGAAAAAAAGUUGUAAAAUGAAAAGCAAAAAUUGUGUGAAGUGACAGAUUUUUUAUGUGUAUAGGAAUCAUUAAUAACAGACACUGUGAUGGGAGUUUGACCUGUAAUGACGAUGAAUCCGUAAACUUUACUUGUAAUUGAAGUUCAGUAUUCAAGCCUCGAUAAUGCUGCAGCAUUACCAAUUUUAGUGACAAAUGCAGAAAGAACUAAAGGUUUAAAAGUGUGGUUACUGUCAUUUGCUUUUCAAUUAGACUCUGUGUCUGAAAUAUUCCUUUGUCAAAUAUAAAAGUGUCUUUAAUCACUUGCUCUUGAAUGUAGAGUUGUUUUGCUGCUACUGUGUUCCUACUGUGUGGACAGUUUACAUGUACUUCCUGUGAAAACCACAGCUAUUUCUGAACAUUAGAUAGACUGAGCUACACGUACAAAACCAUCUGUCUUUCUAUAUCAGCUCGUCCUUGGUUGUACUCAAACCCACACCUCCAAGUUUCCCCACAUUUAGGUUAUUUCCUCUGUCAGGGUUACGACCUCAUUUAUUGUCACAUUGAACUUUCAGUGGCUGUCUCUUUAAAGGUGCAUAAGAUGCUGCAUUUCAGUUCUAUUAAAGGAAAAGUCUGUGAUAAUCCAGUA